AUGCGAGAAUUCAUAUUCCUUCUUUUCACCUGCUGUUACGCUUCUGCCCUACUAUGUACUUCAUGUCCAUUCACUAUAAAUCCUCCCUACUCCACAACUUGUAAUGAGACAUGUGAAGGAGAUUUAUGCUAUAUUAUUGUUAAUAAGCACUUCAAUGGAACUGUUAUUGCUGGAUGUUUAAAUUUUAAAGGAAAUGAAACAUCUUCCAACAACACAGCUGUUUGCAACAGAGGACCAGAGAGAACGAUGUGUGCCUGUACAACGUCCGACAAAUGCAACGAUCCAACUGCCCCAAUUGCCGAAUUUGAUUUCGUGCAAGAAACGAUUCUGGAUGGAUAUCAGGUGAUGCCUCAGAUCCAGCCAACUGAGACUACACAAAAACCAUCCGACGAGGACGGAAUUGGUUUCACCGUACGAAGUAACAUAACGAUAGCGGAUAUUAGUCACUCUACUCCGGUGCCAGUCAUCUCACAUAAUGAGAACGAGGCUUUGACUAAUGCGUCAUCAUCAGAAUCUGCUCAAAUUAGUACAGAGAGCCCGUCAUCUUCAAGUUCAUCAGUGAAUAGCUUAGCCUUUACAUUUAUACUAAUGGUGAUGUUAACAAAAGUAUUCGGAUAA